UUCCGGGGGAAGGAGGCGCGCGGCUGCGCCCUCGCCGCUCCCCGCCCCGCCCCCUCCCCGGCCCCCCCCUCGCGCGAGCGGAGCGCGGAGUCACCGCGGCGCAGACGGGCCCGGCGGCGUUCGCACACAAUGGCGCUGAAACGCAUCAACAAGGAACUUAGUGACUUAGCCCGUGAUCCUCCAGCACAGUGUUCAGCAGGUCCCGUUGGAGAUGACAUGUUUCAUUGGCAAGCCACAAUUAUGGGACCUAAUGACAGUCCAUAUCAAGGUGGUGUAUUCUUCUUGACAAUUCACUUUCCUACAGACUACCCUUUCAAACCACCUAAGGUUGCAUUUACAACAAGAAUCUAUCAUCCAAAUAUUAACAGUAAUGGCAGCAUUUGUCUUGAUAUUCUAAGAUCACAGUGGUCUCCUGCUUUAACUAUUUCUAAAGUUCUCUUAUCCAUUUGUUCACUGUUAUGUGAUCCAAAUCCAGAUGACCCACUAGUGCCAGAGAUUGCACGUAUCUAUAAAACAGACAGAGACAAGUACAACAGAAUAUCUCGGGAAUGGACUCAGAAGUAUGCCAUGUGAUGCUACCUUAAAGUCAGAAUAACCUGCAUUAUAGCUGGAAUAAACUUUAAAUUACUGUUCCUUUUUUGAUUUUCUUAUCCGGCUGCUCCCCUAUCAGACCUCAUCUUUUUUAUUUUUUUUGUUUACCUCCUUCCAUUCAUGCACAUGCUCAUCUGAGGAGACUUUAGUUCUUCCAGCUUUGGACAAUAACUGCUUUUAGAAUCUGUAAAGUAGUUACACAAGAACAAUUGCCCAAGAUUCAGAAUUUUUUUUAAUGGAGCAUGUGUAUUAUGUGGCCAAUGUCUUCAUUCUAACUUGGUUAUGAGAUUAAAAACAAAAAAACAUUCCUCACUGCUCUAACAGAUACUGAAGAUACCACC